CUAAAAUUUUCACCUCACUAGCAAAAAAAAAACUGCUGUCAAACGAAACAAACAAACUCAAGAAAAAAAAAGUUUUCCUUAAAGCUGAGCCUCCCUAGUCACAAAUACUCUCCCGUUUCUCUUUUCUUUAAACACUUUCUAUAUUUUACGGCUUCUUUUUCUUGUUUGAUUCUCAAGUUUCUUAUAAACACUUUUUUCUCUGUAUAUAACAUCACAGAAUCACACAUACCAAAAAAAUCAUUUAACAAUGGGCAAGUCUACCACCACCAAGUCAUCCUCCAAGAGCGUGUCCAAGGACACCAAGCAGAAGAAGGUUGCGCCCAAGAAGGUCGUCAAGAAGGAGUCCUCGUCCGAGUCCAGCUCUGACUCCAGCUCUGAUUCCGACAGCUCCAGCUCCAGCUCCGAUUCUGAGUCCGAGGAGGAGGUGAAGCCCAAGAAGAAGGAGACCGCCAAGAAGGCCGCCGCCAAGGAGGAGAGCAGCGACUCCGAGUCCUCGGACAGCUCUGACUCCGAGUCUGAGGCUGAGGCCAAGGUUGAGGCCAAGGCCGAGUCGUCCGAUUCCGACAGCUCCGAGUCUGCUUCCGGCUCCGACUCUGACUCUGACUCCGAGUCUGAUUCCGAGUCCUCGUCUGAGGCCUCGGAGGGCGCUAAGCGCAAGGCCGAGUCCGACGUUGAGAUGGAGGAUGCCACCGAGACCGACGUCCAGGAGACCAAGAAGCAGAAGACCGAGGGUGAGCUCUUCUCCAUUUUCAUUGGCAACCUGCCGUUCUCCGCCGAGGGUGAGACCCUCCGCGAGCUGUUUGCCUCCUACGGUGACAUUGCCGACGCCCGCGUUGCCACCCACGCCGAUACCGGCCGCUCCCGCGGCUUUGGCUACGUUGAUUUCACCGACAAGGAUGCCCAGGUCAAGGCCCUGGCUGCCACUGGUCUGGAGAUCGACGGCCGCGAAAUCCGCAUCGACGAGACCACCUCCACCUCCCGCCCCCGCGCCGCCGCCCCCGGUGGUGAUAAGCCCGCGUCGGCCCCCUCCAAGGUUCUGUUCAUUGGUAACCUGUCGUUCAACUCUACCGAGGACAGCAUCCGCGGUGCGUUCACCGAGUGUGGCGAGGUCGUCUCUGUGCGCGUCAUCACUGACCGUGACACCGGUCGCAUGAAGGGCUACGGUUACAUCGAGUUCGACACUGUCGAGUCGGCCACCAGCGCCAUGCAGUGGAACAACUCUGACCUCGACGGCCGUGCCAUUCGUCUGGACUACUCUGCCCCCCGCAACAACGAGAACGGCGGUGGUGGCCGCGGUGGAGGCCGUGGUGGCUUCGGCGGUCGUGGUGGAGGCCGUGGCGGAAGCCGUGGUGGCUUCGGCGGCAACCGUGGUGGUGCCAACCGCAGGUGGUAAAUGGUCCCAUCUUGGGGCUCUGUUUGAUUCCUUCAAUCGAGUCUAUUAAAACUUUCUUUUGUUCUUAUUUUUUCCACACUGUUUUUCAUUUUUGCCAAAAAUUUAAUCAUAAAACAUAAAAUUA